UUGCUUAUUAAGAGAAUGUUCCCUUUUCGUAGUUUCAUUUGGAUGAUGUUUGUAAGUUACAGAAAGCAGUGUGGGUGAGGUUGAGAAGUUGAGAAUGACCUUGAACUUCUGAACCGCCUGCCACCAUCACCUCUUGAAGGUGCUGAGAUCAUAGGCACACCACUAUGGCUGGCGUUAGGUGGAGUUGGGGAAUUGAACCGAGGGCUUCAUACUUGCUAGGUAAACACUACUAACUGAGCAGUAUCUACAGCCUGAGGUUGAAAUAGGCCAAACUUAGGAGUCUGAUCAUACUGAACUAAUGGUAAAUGGAACAGGAUUAUUACACUUUGGUAUAGGGAAAAGUUAUGCUUUCUGAACCUGUUGUUAAUGCCUCUGUAAUUACUGCAUACAUUCUGUGGGCAAAUGGUAACAGGCAAGAAGAUCUGCCCUACAUUCUCUUUUGCAUGUGAGCUGUUGUGUCUUCUAGGCAUCUCUUGUAAAAACGGGUUAUUUGGUAUUUACAAAGCUAAGUUGCUGCUGAUUCUCUGAUACAGAGCUUGGAGGACAUAUCUUUAUUUUGUGUGUGCGUGACAACAAAAGUUGGAAACUAUGGAAUUGGAAGAAGAGAUCAUACAGUGCAAUAGUGUGGUUGGUGGUAAUUUUGAAGAAGUUUGUCCAGAGAAAGUAAUUAGGUUUAAACCGCCAUUAUACAAACAACGGUACGAGUUCGUUAGAGAUUUAGUGGACCGCCAUGAACCCAAGAAGAUUGCAGACCUGGGAUGUGGCGAUACUAAGCUCCUAAAGCUGCUGAAAAUCUACCCAUGCAUUCAGCUGCUUGUUGGGGUAGAUAUCAAUGAGGAAAAAUUACAUUCGAAUGGGCAUCACUUGUCUCCCUAUUUAGGGGAGUUUGUAAAACCCCGAGAUCUCGAUUUGACUAUCAUCUUGUAUCAUGGCUCUGUUGUAGAGAGAGACUCCCGUUUGCUUGGAUUCGAUUUGAUAACAUGCAUUGAAUUAAUAGAACAUUUGGAUUCAGAUGAUCUGGCCAGAUUUCCUGAAGUGGUGUUUGGAUACCUGUCACCAGCCAUGGUUGUCAUCAGCACACCAAACUCUGAGUUCAACCCCCUGUUUCCCACAGUGGCCCUGAGGGAUGCAGAUCAUAAAUUUGAAUGGAGCAGAAUGGAGUUUCAGACCUGGGCUUCACAAGUGGCAAAGUGCUAUAAUUACUGUGUGGAGUUUACUGGGGUAGGGACACCACCAGCUGGAGCUGAGCAUGUUGGAUAUUGUACCCAGAUAGGUGUCUUCACGAAAAUCGGUGGGAAGGCAGCUGGAUCAUGUGUUUCAGAGGAUCACGACCAACAUGUUUAUAAAGCUGUUUAUAUGACCUCUUAUCCGAGUUUACAGCAGGAAAAGGUACUCAAAUUUGUAUUGGUCGGGGAACUGUUGAUACAAGUGGAACAUUUGAGGUUGAGACACCACCGGAUGCUGAGAGAACGGAAAAGGGAAUCAGACCCUAAGCCAAGGGAUACUGACUUCUCCCUGGGCCCUGACCUGCUCUUGGGAGCAGUCUUCACGGAAGCUGAAAAGGCCAGGAUAGAAAAUUCUCCUGAACCCUUCUGUGAAGGAGAUAAGUUUUGUGUACCCUUGCAAAGACUCCUUGCUUAUCCCAAAUUACACCGCCUACGUGUUGAUGAAGAGAGGAUGCGGGCCCUCAUUGCUGACUCUGUGUGCUUAAGCAGUGACAGUUCUGCAGUCAUGGUUGACCUAUAUAAUUCUUUGGAUUAUUGGCCUGAAGACAGUUGAUCCAUCCACAUUUCCUGAAGUUCAGGGUCUCAGUAAUAGUUGAACUCACUUAGAAUUUAAACCUUUUUUUUUGGUGUGGUGCUGGGGAUUGAACCCAGGGCCUUGUGCAUGAUGGGCAAGUACUCUACUACUCAGCUGCACCCUCAGUUUUAGAAAUGAAGCUUUUUACAGUCAUAAUUUAAGCAACAUUUAAAAAGUUUUAACACAAAUUGGGUCCUAAACUAGUUGACGGAUAUGCCUGACAUACAGAUGUCCCUUUACCUGAGAAGGGUGGUAGGGCUUCACUAAAAGUUGUAUAUAUUCUUUUAACAUUGGGAUUUUUAUUUGAUGUUUACAAGAAUGAAGAAAUUGGAUGUGGCAAUGUGUUAAUUUUGAACUCACCCAUAUUUUGGUGUUAGAGCCAUGUGUUAAAUGUGACAUUAAAGCAGUUAAAUGUGUUCAGAUCCACUUGAAAAACUUUUCCUAGGGCUGGACAUAGAGGCACAUGCCUAUAAUCCUAGGACUUGAAUAGCUGAGACAGGAGGAUCAUGGGUUUGAGGUCAGUCUGGGCUACAUGGUAAGACUCUACCUCAAACAUACCCUCCCAACUUUUUCUGGGGAUGCUUUCAAAUCUAGGAUUCUCAUCUGUGUCAAAUUCCGCCUAUGUUACUUUGCCUAAAACAUCAUGUGAAAAAUGAUUUUAGGUAGUUUUGAAGGUUACAGAACUCUCUUCCUGAGAUAAGCAUUAUCCAGUUUCUUUUCUUAUGUCCUUGUUGUGCUGGGGGUCGAACCCCAGGGCUUUGCACCUUCUAGGCAAGGGCUCUACCACUGAACUACUCUCAGCCAUGUUUAUUUUUUGAAUACCCUCCUCUGUAGGAGCUAUUUGGUUGGAAUUGGGGUGGUAGUGGCCAUAGGAGAGAAAAUAUGGCUUUGUCCAAUGGGGGAGAAACGGGCUUCAAGGUGACAUUCCUGUGUGAGGUAUAGGAGUCCAAGGGUACGCCAGCCAGGCAUGGCUACUCUGCCAUCUCAGGGACCCUGGGGUCUGCCUUGAUAACUGGGACACUUAGCUUGCUACCUUAGAGGUGGACAAUUGAGGAUUAACCUCCACUUACCACUUACAUAAUCCACAGCAGCAAAGAGGGAGAAAAGAGAAGUACCACUUACCAGCUGCCUGGGGUAGUUUGCUGCUCAUUGUUAGGCAAAACCACACCACUUCCUGUGCCCACACAUAGUAGGAAGGGAAGUUGAGAAGUAUAGUCUGUAUUCUAGGAGGCCACAUGCCCACUUGGUGGUCUGGCUUCUAAGGAAAAUGAAGAGAAUGGACAUGGGGGCAAGCUGUCUGUCCCCCCGCCCCACACCCCAGGACAGCCCAAGUACCCUGAGGUAUAUUCUCUGGCUGUGCAGAAUUGGUCCCUGGGCAAUACACAUCUCUGGACAUUCAUCUUCAAGCUGAAUUUUCAAGGGUUAAUAAUCAGAAAGUGGAUUUGGCGAGGAUGGAGCGGAACAGAGAUUUUUAUAGAGAAAAAUCUUAAUCACUUUGCCAUUUCUAACCAGCUGGCUUCUCCUUAUAUUCUCUAAGCUGAUCCAGCAGACUCCGUGUAUUGCCCUGCAUACUCAACGGUCCAUGUGACCUAGACAGGAUUUGCAUGCUUCCCCUCCACACCCAAAGGCCCUCUGUCCUCACCUCUCUAGGUCUGUGCACGAGGUUCACCCAAGGGCUACCUUUGUAUCAUUGCUGGAGUCCCAUUUUUAGUCAGGGUCAUCAGUCUUGUCUUAUUCUUUCUCCAAAGUUAGUCCAGCAAUUCUCUUGAAGCCUGGUGACUUGAUCCCUUACCCAGAAACCUCUUAAGUGUUCAUGACUGCAGUGGGGCUGGAACUGCUCUUUCUUGUCUUCAUACUUCUGUACCCACCUUUCCACCCUUCCCAGGCCUGCAUCCACGCUAAAUAAGCACUCUACCACUGAGCCACACUCCCAGUCCUUGUACUCACAAGGACUGUGUUUACCUCCUAACCUUGAUAGAUGCCUUUCUUUGGACACUGAAAGGUUUAUUAACAUUCUAGGCCAGGGAUUGUUAUAGUUCAUGUAGGGAACUUUUGUUAUAGUUCAUGUAGGCAACUCUCAUAACUGUUCUACUCUGCCUGAGAUGAGGUGUAAAAUAACUUUAUGGUGAAGAAUGAGCAUGUGUGCUUCACUUAAUAAACAUCUUCCAAAAGCAACUGUCAUAUUUUGUCAAUAAUUUGCAGCCCCUUGCCAUUUUCUUUUUCCUUUGGUGCUAGGAAUGGAGCCCAGGGCUUUGUAUGUGUUAGGCAGGGUAGAGCCCCAUCCCCAGCUCA